GCAGGAGACAAAUGAGAACCUUUUCUUUGUUAAAAAACAAGCAAUAAAAGGACUAAAACAUCAUUUUCAUCUGGCAGGAACUGGAACAGCAUCACCCUACAGGAAUCUGGAGACUUAAAUCAUGAAAGACAACUAUGGUGGAUAUGAGAACCAGCUUUUUAAAGAUGAGGACUUCACUACAGAGGAGGAGGAGAUCCCUUCUUUUCGAGGUCGAACUCGAGGUGGAUGUGUGAGAUGCCAGCAGAGCCUCUCUCUCCAGCUGGCCGUCAAAGUCCUGUAUGGCUUUGUUGCUUUCCUCGUCAUUACAGUUGCAGUGCUGGCCUCACUUGUGUUCAAAAAGGUGGACAAUUUAUCUAAGGAGGAACUGGUACACAACAAGCAGAUCACUAAGGUUCAACAGGGCAUUGAAGAUCUGAGGUCCGAGUCCAACUCUUCAGGCUGCCAGGAUGUGUCAUUUUACAAAGAGGAGAUCAGCAGGCUAAAGAGAGAAUUUGAAGACAUCCAGAAGAUGAUUCUGGGACAAGAGCAGGUCUUGGACCAUGCUUCCCAAACACAGACCACCACAAAAACCACCAGCAACCAGCUGACGAGGGAAGUCCAAAACCACCUCAUGUCCAUCAAAUUACUCAACCAGUCCCUGGAAAGUUUCCUGCAUCAAGUGGAAGGUUGGAAGGAGGUGAUCGAAGAAACUGAGGAGAAGAUGAAAACGCUGACAAAGGACCAGUACAACAUAAAAGCUACGACACAGCAAGUGAACACAACUGUAGGUCUAAGCACAAUGUGGAUCAAUGCCCUGCAGAGAAAAGCGGACGAGGAGACUCUGGUCCUCCAGAAGUUGACCAGCGACUGGCAGAACUACAGUCGAGUUAUGGGCUCUAUCAAAUCCGACGCAAGCAGCAUGUCGCAAACCAUGCGCUUUCUUCAAAACAGCAUCAAGAUGGAUCAGCAGAGAAUUUCUAUGUCAUCUGAGGUGAUCUAUGACCUCACGCAGCAGAUGCUAAACCUCCAAAUGCAACUCGACAAUGUGACGGGAUUCCUGGAUGAAAAUGAGGAGAACCUGCAUGAUCUUCAGUACCACUCCAGGUAUUAUGAGAAUCGUACCGGGGAACGUUUCUCUGCCUUGGAAAGCCGUCUGAACGCCAUCGAGAUGGAGAUCGACACCGUCGCCUCCAGCAUCAACGCCACCGUCAACCAUGUCCAGAGCAUGUACAAGUACAUCAAUGUAGAGAGCUCUUCCUGCCAGAGUCGCCUGGGCAAACACACAGAGGACCUGCAGUACAUGAACAGCACAGUCUUGUCGCUCCAAAACGUAGCCGAAACACUGAGGCAGCAGAACGUGAUGCUGAACUUCCAGCUGGAUGUGGAAGUGAUGAACUUGUCCAUGGUGAUAGAGGAGAUGAAGCUCGUGGAUGUUGUUCAUACCAAGAUCAUAAAAAACUUCACUAUUCUUAAAGGUGCUCCUGGACCACCUGGAGCCAAAGGGAACCGUGGUGAGACGGGGUCAAAAGGAUCUGCGGGACUGAUUGGGAGCAAAGGGGACAGAGGCCCUAUAGGGAGCGGUGGACCUGCAGGUGUGAAAGGUUCUCUUGGCCCCAAAGGAGCACCGGGGGAACCUGGUCCUGUUGGCAACAAAGGAGCCCUGGGUAUCAAAGGAGCCAAGGGGUCGAUUGGUCUCCAAGGCCCCAAAGGGGAAAAGGGCCAGAAAGGUGAUACGGGUCUAUCUGGUAAAGAUGGUGAACCUGGGCUCACAGGGUAUCCAGGAAUCAAGGGCGAGGUAGGACUGCCAGGUGCUAUUGGACCACCGGGAUCAAGGGGAAAACAAGGGCCACCUGGACCACCAGGCACCCCUGGACCCCCUGGUUUGUCGUACACCAACGAUUGCACCGACACCCCUCAGCAGCCAGCUGUGACGCCUGCUGCCGGGUCAAAGAGGCAGUAGAGAGAAAGACGGAAUGUGACGGUGAGCGUUUGGUCCGAAGAAGCCAAGGA